UCAUCCAGUCCACUAGAUGGCAGCACUUACAUCCUGUGGUCUUGACGGUUUACAUUAACGAAUAAACCGAACUGGUCUACUACUUCCUCAUCACGCUUUGCGACAUAAUUUACAGAUAAAAUUAAUACUUUCUAACAAACCGUAUUUUCUGACCAUUAGACAUGUCUGGAAUUCCGCCGGAUUCUUGGCAACCCCCCACAGUAUCGCUGGACACAACGAUGGGAACUAUCGUUCUAGAAUUGUACUGGAAUCAUGCGCCAAAAACCUGCAAGAAUUUCGCAGAGCUGGGCAGAAGAGGAUAUUACAACAACAACAAGUUCCACCGCAUCAUCAAAGACUUCAUGGUUCAAGGAGGCGAUCCAACAGGGACAGGUCGUGGUGGUGCAUCUAUAUAUGGCAAGCAGUUUGAAGAUGAAUUGCAUCCAGAGUUGAAAUUUACAGGUGCUGGAAUUCUCGCAAUGGCCAAUGCAGGGCCAGAUACAAACGGAAGCCAGUUCUUCCUCACGCUGGCUCCCACACAGUGGCUGGAUGGGAAACACACUAUAUUUGGACGGGUCUGCCAGGGCAUUGGAGUUCUUAAUCGCAUUGGCAUGGUUGAAACCAACAGUCAGGACCGCCCUAUAGAUGAUAUUAAAAUACUCAGAGUGAAUCUACCUAACUAAGACGUCUGCUUGCACAACGUUUUAUGCCUAAUUUUUUUGUACAGUCCUUUUAUUACAUUAAACUUUCAGAGUUUUCAUAAGA